GUCUAUAAAUUUGUUUGAUUUGACCGAGAUUAUUAUAAAAUGAGAGAAAUAGAAAUGCAUUAAUUUGAUAAAGUUUAAAGAGAUUGUUCCAUUUAUAAAAAUGAGUUAUAAAUUGGAAUUUUCCAGAAAAUAAUAAUAAAAUAAAUAAAAAUGACACGUAUUACAAGUAUACUGCUACUUUCACUAAUGCUUGUUUCAACAUAAGCUUACUUUUAAGAUAAAUAACACAGAGAAGAAGCUAAAUAAUUCUUUUUGAAUUUUAUAAAAGAAUUUACAAAUUAAUAUACCGCUAUUUCAGGUGAAGGUUUGGAUUAUAUGGGAGCUAUGAAAUUGGCUUUGGAUUAUUGGAUUACAUAAAUAAGAGUUCACAAUUUUGGUGAAUUAAAAGUAAAAAUAAGAAAUAAAAUAAGGUUGAUUAUGAUGUGGAUCAUGAUAUUUUAGAAAUAUCAGCACCAAGUUUCAACAUUGAUGUGAUAGUAGAGAAUAAAUAUACAAUUCCUUUAAAAAUUGAAGAGUAUUUUAAAUAAAUAAAUUUUAGUUUGUUUGUUUCAAUAAUUUUCAAUAUUGGUCCAACUCAUUUUAGAUGUGCAGAAGUAGAAAUAGAUUAUGGAUCUGUUUCUUUGGAUGUGAAUGUCGUAAUAGAAUAUAUAACUAAACAAUUGUUAUCUUUAGACAUCAUUAAAUCAGCAAUAAAGAAAUCAGAGGCUCCAAUUAAAAAUCUUUUAGUCAAUACACUUAGGGUAUAUUUAUUGAUUGAAUAAUAUAAAGAAUAACCAUUAAAGAUUACAUGGAUUAGUAAAUGAAUUGAGAACAGGUUCAUUAAACCCAGGAGCACUUUUAGCUUAAUUACCAAAUGUACCAUUCACUAGAGUAGAAAAUGGAGAAUAUAUUAUAAAUAUUAGAUAAAUUUUCAGUUUUGAAUCUUAGAAGGAGAAAGAAAAGAAAGACGAUCUUUGAAUUUAAAUAUAUAUAUAUAUGAAAUUGUCAAAUGUCUUAUUAAG